CACCGCGGGUCACUCAGUAAGCGUCGCGACGUCCGCGGCGUUGGGUGCACGUGUAACAAUCGGGGGCUGACGAAGUGCUGAAAUGGGGCCAGAUGGGGGGUGGUGGACAUUUUCGGGUGACAUUGUCAAUAAGAAGAGAACCCGGCGCCGGUCCAGUGUUUUGCAAAAUGGAGACGUCAGCGAGAUUCCGCCAGUUGAAAACCGUCAAGCUGAGCUGUGAGGCGACCUACAGGCUAGACAUCAGUUUCAAGCCACCGCAACUAUUGCAAACACUCACAAUCGGUGGAAAGCAAAUCGAAGCAGUUGAAAGAGCCAGAGAUGGUACAGCUUGCGCUUACAGCGCGUAUCACAAUACCGAAGGGAUCGUCGCCAGCAACAGAGGACAACGUGAGGAACUGCAAAUUGCAAUGAGAGUAUUAGGAUCCGGUUACCUGACGACAUGCUUGCAGAUAAAAUACUACCGGGCGGAUGAUCAGAGCCAUUGCGAGUGGGGCUCGCGUCUCCAUUGCAUAGAACUGGAUUGCUCCAGCGUUGAAGGAAGAUUGGUAACGGUUGACAGGGAGACCUACAGAAAAUUGGGCAUCGAUUCUUAGCAUUCUGGGGAAAAAUGGAUUUUCACGCAAUUGUCUAUUGUCCGCUAAAUUAUUACCUUAAACUCGCGAUUUAAUUGCUCAUGUACUAUUGCGGGCUGUGCUCUAUUUAUAAAUUAGGUAAAUCGUACAGAUGAAAUAUAUACAUACAUGCAUACAUAUAUAUAUAUAUAAUUAUUAUAAUAAUGUACACGGAUAUCAUAGACAUUUGUAUAUUACAUCACGUUAUUUGAAUUAUUUUAACCUGCCGUUGCAGCAUUAAAUUAUUACUCAAGAGUCUUAGCUUUAAUUUUGUUUCGCGGAAAAAAUCGCUCAAUAAGUGCGGUAAGUGCUAAAACUGAUUGCAUAGCCGAGAUGAAAUUGAAAGCGUGUCAACGGUGGUUCGAUUGAUUUUCUGUCGGUAGUUCGAAUAUUUUGAACACCUUUUUCGUAGCUGGACAGUGAAAUUCACACCGAAUAUUCAAAUUUGUAAAAGAACAAAUUACUUCUGCGCCAAAGAAUUGAAGAAUAUACGUACCUCUUCGUUUUCGAUAAUUCAUUUCGAGUCAUUCACUUUUAAGGGGAAUAUCAAUACCCAGAGUACCGUUAAAUUUUCUCUGCAAUUUUCAGACUUACUUAACGUCGGCAAUGCGCAAGACAUCGCCAUAACAUCCAUAAAUGAUCGUAACUAUAAAACAUGCAACUCCACUACUUUGUACCAUUACGCGUAGAUCAUCAAAACAUCGGGAAAAGCCGUAUUCCUUAGAAGCGUGACGUAAUAUACGAAUGGUCUCUGAUAUGAGCCACUUUGAUGAUAAGCCACAUGAAAAUCGGAUGAAUUCUUAUUUUUUAGUUAGCAAGAAAUAUAUGGGAGAGAGGGAAAUUCCCCUAAGGAUUUGCCAAGUUAACUACUAACCACAAUGAAAAUGUUACUCAAGAUAUGCCGGCAAAUUGACCUCGACAUUGAAUAUACUGUACCGUUUACUUCUUACUCAUUAUUUUCGACAUACGCAAACUCGGAAGACUAAUUCUAAGAAGCGAACUAGCGAAGCAACACCAUAAUUCAAUCUAUACAUGAUUCGUUGCAAAAAUGACCUCACAUACAUACUCUAUACA